CAUCCAUCGACCGAGUUUGUUGACUGGAAAUUCUAGUGGUACUUAGGGGUAAUUGUGUUAUGUUUGCAACAUGUCUCUUGACAAUGCCAAUCCCAUUGUGUAUCAAAGAUCUGGAGCAAGACAGAUUUCAGCAGCAGAUGAAGAUGAUACUGUCAUUGAUGAAAUUGAUGACAGAGAAGUCUAUGAUCUUAUCAGAUCAAUAAAUGAUCCAGAACACCCUUUAACGCUUGAAGAACUAAAUGUAGUGGAACAUGCUAAUGUUCAUGUUGAUAAUAAAAAGAAUCAAGUUGCAAUAUCCUUCACUCCAACCAUACCCCACUGUAGUAUGGCCACAUUGAUAGGUCUGUCUAUAAGGGUUAAAUUACUCCGUUCUUUGCCAGCUAGAUUUAAGGUAGAUGUUCAAAUUUCACCAGGUACUCAUGCAUCAGAAGAAGCAGUGAACAAGCAAUUAGCAGAUAAGGAAAGAGUUGCAGCAGCUUUAGAGAACUCCCAUUUACUUAAAGUUGUAAAUGAAUGUCUCUCUAAUCAUGAAAACUAAAACACCAAUACUUUACAUAUUAAACCAGAAAACAAUUAAUAACUUACUGGAAAUAAGUAAGCCUUUCUAGUGACAAGUAAUGAAUUUGUAUGUCCAUGGAGGCAGAUAAUGUAUAUAUGUCACCCAAGACAUUCCACAAAUGGAGCAGGAGCGAUUUAAAUGUUUGUGUCAUUGGAGAUAUUUAAGUAAUCUACUAUAUUAUUUCAUACAUAUAUGAAACAUUAUUUGGAAACAUAUUGAGUAAGAUCUGUUAAAGACACUGUAUAAAACACCACUUACAAUGUAGUUUUUCUUUAACUUCUAAGUCAUAGUCAUUUAUUAUAAAAAAAAUAAAGUCAAAAUGAUUUGAAAAUUCA